GGGAGUUGGAGAGCCGAGAGCGGAGCUCGAAACCGACUGGAAACUUUAGUGGCGCGGAGACUCGCCAGUUUCAACCCCGGAAACUUUUCUUUGCAGGAGGAGAAGAGAAGGGGUGCAAACGCCCCCACUUUUGCUCUUUUUCCUCCCCUCCUCCUCUCCAACUCGCCUUCCCCCACUUGGAGCGGGCAGCUGCGGACUGGCCACCCCGCGCCCUCCUAAGUGCCCGCAGCCGCAGCCGGCCGACGCGCCAGCCUCCCUGAGAGCCGCUCGCUCUGCAUCCGAGCAGCCGAGGGGAGAGGAGCCCGCGCCUCGAGACCCCGAGCCGCCGCGGCUUCUCGCCUUUCCCGGCCACCUGCCCCCUGCCCUGGGCCCGCGUAUGAAUCUCCUGGACCCCUUCAUGAAGAUGACCGACGAGCAGGAGAAGGGCCUGUCCGGCGCCCCCAGCCCCACCAUGUCCGAGGACUCUGCGGGCUCGCCCUGCCCAUCGGGCUCCGGCUCAGACACCGAGAACACGCGGCCCCAGGAGAACACGUUCCCCAAGGGCGAGCCGGACCUGAAGAAGGAGAGCGAGGAGGACAAGUUCCCCGUGUGCAUCCGCGAGGCGGUCAGCCAGGUGCUCAAGGGCUACGACUGGACGCUGGUGCCCAUGCCGGUGCGCGUCAAUGGCUCCAGCAAGAACAAGCCGCACGUCAAGCGGCCCAUGAACGCCUUCAUGGUGUGGGCGCAGGCGGCGCGCAGGAAGCUCGCGGACCAGUACCCGCACUUGCACAACGCCGAGCUCAGCAAGACGCUGGGCAAGCUCUGGAGACUUCUGAACGAGAGCGAGAAGCGGCCCUUCGUGGAGGAGGCGGAGCGGCUGCGCGUGCAGCACAAGAAGGACCACCCGGAUUACAAGUACCAGCCCCGGCGGAGGAAGUCGGUGAAGAACGGCCAGGCAGAGGCCGAGGAGGCCACGGAGCAGACGCACAUCUCCCCCAACGCCAUCUUCAAGGCGCUGCAGGCCGACUCGCCUCACUCCUCCUCUGGCAUGAGCGAGGUGCACUCCCCCGGCGAGCACUCGGGGCAAUCCCAGGGCCCGCCGACCCCACCCACCACCCCCAAAACCGACGUGCAGCCGGGCAAGGCUGACCUGAAGCGAGAGGGGCGCCCCCUGCCCGAGGGGGGCAGACAGCCCCCCAUCGACUUCCGCGACGUGGACAUCGGCGAGCUGAGCAGCGACGUCAUCUCCAACAUCGAGACCUUCGACGUCAACGAGUUUGACCAGUACCUGCCGCCCAAUGGCCACCCGGGGGUGCCGGCCACACACGGCCAGGUCACCUACACGGGCAGCUACGGCAUCAGCAGCACCGCGGCCACCCCGGCGGGCGCGGGCCACGUGUGGAUGUCCAAGCAGCAGGCGCCGCCGCCGCCGCCCCCGCAGCAGCCCCCGCAGGCCCCGCCGGCCCCGCAGGCGCCCCCCCAGCCGCAGGCUGCGCCCCCGCAGCAGCCGGCCGCGCCCCCGCAGCAGCCGCAGGCGCACACGCUGACCACGCUGAGCAGCGAGCCGGGCCAGGCCCAGCGAACGCACAUCAAGACCGAGCAGCUGAGCCCCAGCCACUACAGCGAGCAGCAGCACUCGCCCCAGCAGAUCGCCUACAGCCCCUUCAGCCUGCCGCACUACAGCCCCUCCUACCCGCCCAUCACCCGCUCGCAGUACGACUACACCGACCACCAGAACUCCAGCUCCUACUACAGCCACGCGGCGGGCCAGGGCACCGGCCUCUACUCCACCUUCACCUACAUGAACCCCGCCCAGCGCCCCAUGUACACCCCCAUCGCCGACACCUCCGGGGUCCCUUCCAUCCCGCAGACCCACAGCCCCCAGCACUGGGAACAACCCGUCUACACACAGCUCACCCGACCUUGAGGAGGCCUCCCACGAAGGGCGAAGGUGGCCGAGAUGAUCCUAAACAAAACCGAAGAAAGAGAGGACCAGCCAGAAUUCCCUUUGGACAUUAGUGGGUUUUGUUGUUGUUGUUGUUGUUUUUUGUUUGUUUUUUUUGUUGUUGUUUUGUUUUUCUUCUUCUUCUUCCUUAAAGACAUGUAAGCUAAAGGCAACUCGCACCCAGAUUUCCAAGACAGAAACGUGACCUAUCCAAGCGCAUUACCCACUUGUGGCGAAUCGAUGGCCAGGCCAAACCUUGGCUAAAUGGACCAGUGAAAUCGACAAGAAACUGGGCUUUUGAAACCCUCUUGAGAGCAAGCGUGGAGGAUGAUGGAGAAUCGUUGCGAUCGGUGUGCUCAAUCUCUCUGCCUUCUUGGACUUUGUAAUUAUUUUUUAGCAGUAAUUAAAAAAAGAAGUCCUCUGUGAGGAAUAUUCUCUAUUUUAAAUAUUUUUAGUAUGUACUGUGUAUGAUUCAUUACCAUUUUGAGGGGAUUUAUACAUAUUUUUAGAUAAAAUUAAAUGCUCUUAUUUUUCCAACAGCUAAACUACUCCUAGUUGAAAAGUGUGCCCUAGCUUUUCUUGCAAACAGAGUAUUUUUGUACAGAUUUGCUUUCGCUUACAAAAAAAAAAAAAAAAAAAAAAGAAAAAAAAAAAGCCUGUUGUAUUAACAUUUUUAAAACAUUGUGUUAUGUGAUCAGUUUUGGGGGUUAGCUUUGCUUAAUUCCUCAGGCUUUCCAAUUCAAGGAGGAGCUGCCUUAAAAAGAAAAAUAAAGGCCUUAUUUUGCAAUUAUGGGAGUAAACAAUAGUCUAGAGAAGCAUUUGGUAAGCUUUAUCGUAUAUAUAUUUUUUACACAAAAGAAAAACACCUUGAGCCUUAAAUCCAUGCUGCUGGGGAAUACUUGCGCUCUCUUUUAGUGCAUUCUCCUGCCUUUGCUUCUUCACCGCAGUCUUAAGAAAGAGGUAAAAGGCAAGCAAAGGAGACAAAAUCUGUUCUGGGAAUGUUUCAGCAGCCAAUAACUGCCCGAGCCACUGUCCCCUGGUUGCCUGCCUGGGCCCCAUGUGGAAGGCAGAUGCCUGCUUUCACCCUGUCACCUGUGCCUCUCUGAACACCAGCAGUUAACCUUCAAGACAUUCCACGUGCUAAAAUUAUUUAUUUUGUAAGGAGAGGUUUUAAUUAAAAAAACAAAACAAAACAAAAAAAAAAAAAAAAACUUCCUUUCUUUUUUUUUUUUUUAAUUUUACCUUCUUUAAAAUAGGUUGUUGGAAACUUCCUCAAAGGGUAUGGUCAUCUGUUGUUAAAUUAUGUUCUUAACUGUAACCGGUUUUUUUUUUAAUUUAUCUCUUUAAUCUUUUUUUUUUUUUUUUAUUAAAAGCAAGUUUCUUUGGAUUCUUCAUCCUAGAUUUGUAUAAAGGCCUUUUUGUCCGCCCCUUUUUUUUUCCUUGUUGUUUUUGUUGAAAACAAACUGGAAACUUGUUUCUCUUUAUACAAAUGAGAGAUUGCAAAUGUAGUGUAUCACUGAGUCAUUUGCAGUGUUUUCUGCCACAGACCUUUGGGCUGCCCUAUACUGAUUGAUUGUGUGUGUGUGUGUGUGUGUGUGUGUGUGGACACAAAACAAUGCAAGCAUGUGUCAUCGAUAUUCUGCAUCUUCUCUUGGAGUGAAGGAGGCUAACCUGGAGGGGAUCAGCCCACUGACAGACCUUAAUCUUAAUUACUGCUGUGGCUGGAGAGUUUGAGGAUUGCUUUUUAAAAAAGACAGCAAACUUUUUUUUUUUUAUUUAAAAAAGAUAUAUUAACAGUUUUAGAAGUCAGUAGAAUAAAAUCUUAAAGCACUCAUAAUAUGGCAUCCUUCAAUUUCUGUAUAAAAGCAGAUCUUUUAAAAAAGAUAUUUCUGUAACUUAAGAAACCUGGCAUUUAAAUCAUAUUUUGUCUUUAGGUAAGCUUUGGUUUGUGUUUGUGUUUUAUUUGUUUGGCUUGUUUCCCUCCCACCCCCAAGCCUUUUGUUCUCUCUGUGAAACUUACCUUUCCUUUUUUCUUUCUUUUUUUUUUGUAUAUUAUUGUUUACAAUAAAUAUACAUUGCAUUAAAAA